AUGAUUCUUAGUUCACUUCAGACGUCGACACACCGUGACAAUGCUUGCAUGAGUAGGAAAAAAGACAAUGAACCUCCUGUCAAUAACUAUCCAAUAAUUGCUGAAGAUAAGAUUAAAAUCGUCGAGCUAUUGGGUGCCGGAGGUUAUGGAGCCGUUUUUCGUGCACAGUGGACGACAGAAAAAAAAGUGAUGUGGGUCGCGGUGAAAAAAGUUGGUGAGGUUGAGAAAGAGGCGUACCUUUUAUCAAGAAUUCGUCAUCGCAAUAUUGUUGAGUUUUAUGGUAUUUCAAAGACGGAUCUUGAUUUCCUUAUUGUCACAGGUUAG